CAUUCUCCCAUUCUACAAUUGCAGCGAUUGGUUUCUUAUCCUCUCGUUUCCAAUGGCGAAAGCUGCGAAACCACUUCUUCUUCUCCUCCUUCUAGCCCUAAUUCUCUGCUCUCUCUGCUCAACAAUGGCGCUAAAAGGACGAUUCUCAACAGAGGACGAACUUUUCGCUAAACCUCUGCCUCAAUUCCGUUCCGUACAAACAACAAUCGCGCCCGAGAUGAGAAAUUCAAGAAGGUUGAUGAUUGGUUCAACAGCACCGAUAUGUACUUAUAAUGAAUGUAGAGGAUGCAAAUACAAGUGCAGAGCCGAACAAGUGCCAGUUGAAGGCAAUGACCCGAUCAAUAGUGCUUAUCACUAUAGAUGUGUUUGUCAUAGGUAAUUUCAUUUUAAUCUCCCCAAAUUUUUGUACCAAUUUUCUUAGUUUUUUGUUCUUUCCAAGACAAUUUGAGAGGUAGAUUUGAGUCUACCUUCCUCGAGUCUAUUUUGUUUGUGUUAUAUAAAUUUUCGCGUCCGUUUUGUUGUAAUAUUUUUCUUUGGUUUUAUUGAUAAUGGUUUAAAUCAAGAGUUUGUAAGGAUA